UAAUCGAAAAUGGAAGAUGAAAAAUAUUUUUCGAUUUGUCCGUUUUCCACGAGUCAUCUUAGACUUGAUUAUUUUGUCGAUAAAAAUAAGCGUGGCAAUAAUAGUUGCAUCGUUCAAAAUUGUCUUACCUACCGCUAAGAAAAACUUAAUCGGAGAAACAGUUUUAAUUACUGGUGCUGGCCGAGGUAUUGGUCGAGAAUUAGCGAUUCAAUUAGGCUUAAUGGGUUGCAUAGUAAUUUGUUGGGAUAUUAAUAUCGAUGCGAAUCGAGAGACGAUGUCUGCAGUGUCAAAAAAUGGUGGAGAGGUUUAUGGUUUCGCCGUUGAUGUUUCGAAAAGAUUGGAAGUGCAUGAAGCGUUAAGAACGAUGAGAAAAAUUGGAAUACCUCAAGUUAGCAUUUUAAUUAAUAAUGCUGCAAUAUUGUAUCAUCGUUCUCUUCUCAAUCAUAGUUCCGACGAUAUUGAACGAACGUUUAAUGUUAAUGUUUUCUCGCAUUUUUGGACGAUAGAGGCAAUACUUCCAUCAAUGUUGCAACGAGGAAAAGGUCACAUCGUGGCCAUAUGUAGUAUGUGUGGAAUGUACGGUGUUUCGCAGAAAGUUCCUUACUGUUCCUCGAAAUUCGCUGUUCGAGGUCUAAUGGAAGCUCUAUACGAAGAAGUAAGAACAAAUCCUUCGAAACCUGACAUACAUUUUACAACGAUUUAUCCAUUUUACGUUGAUACAGGAUUAGCAAAGGAUCCUAAGUAUAGAUUCCCUUACAUUUUCGGAAUCGUUAGACCGGAAUAUGCAGCUUGUGAAAUAAUUCAUGCUAUUAGGAAAAAUUACACGGAAUAUUCGAUCCCACGAUGUCUCCUUUCCUUGAAUGCAAUAAAUAGAAUCAUUCCGGAGUCUGCGAUGCGAUUGAUCCUUGAUUUUCUUGCAAACGUCGAUCGUCGAAUCAUCUAA